CGUAGAUUCUCACAUUCUCGUCUAAUUGUUCUGUUACGAUGUCGUCGGUCUCUGCGCACAAGAAAACCGCGGUUUACAAAGAAACCGGUCGGCUUCAGCUGAAGUUAGAUGUCACAGCACCAUCCUCCUCUGCCGGGCCAUCAACUGCCGUGAUUCAUCUCCACGGAGGAUUUUUGGUCGCUGGAGACCGUACCACAUUUGAGCCCGAAUGGCUUAUCAAAGCCUGCGCUGCUCGUGGCUGGACAUAUGUCACGCCUGACUAUCGACUCCUUCCAGAAGCUACUGGUCUCGAUGCUCUGAGUGAUGUUCUCGCGGCAUAUGCUUGGGUGGUUGAGAAUGUUAGCACCAAGGUGAUCCUAGCGGGAUCGAGUGCCGGUGGUUAUUUGGCAGUGACCGCAGCUGCGGUGUUAUCUUCGAAACCAAAUCCACCUCUUGCGGUACUGUCAAUCUACGGCAUCUCAGACUUUACGUCCAAACGUUUCAUCACCAAGGGAACGCCAUUGAUGGGAGAGCCUUCUGACAAUACAGCUAUCAUUGAGAAGCUCUCAGAGGCUGCCAAGUCGGGAGAAGUGCUGACCGGGAGUCCGUUUGUCUUCGACCCUAGCGAUACGAGGAUGGGGUAUAUUGCCACCUUGUUGCAAGACGCCCUCUUCCCAGAUUACUUAACAAGGUCCAAGGGCCUCGCUGCGGAAAUCGAAUCGAAAGGCAUCCAAGCUAUACCAGAGGAUCAGAAGGUGCUCUUCCCGGUCGCUGUGGGACUACCCAAGACGUAUCCUCCAACAGUGUUACUACAUGGCAUCGAUGACCACUUCGUUGCUUAUGAGCAGAGCCAACAUCUGAAACAAGUCCUGGAAAAGAACGGAGUUACUGUGCACUUGGAAGGCGUGGAGUCUGCAGACCAUGGAUUUGACGUCCACCCAGACUUGAAACCUGCUGUUCUUGCUAGCUUACAGACGGUUCUGGCGAAGCUCGACUCGAUAGCGAAAGUAUAAUCAAUUCCUAUCGUAUUUGGCAUCAAGUCUUGGUUUGUGUUCUCUGUUCCAUUCAUAGCAUAAAUUCAGCAAGGAUAGGUCACUAUAUUGCUUAGCCUCAUGUCAAAGAUGCAUCCGGAAGCGAUAUGUUUAUCAUCAGCUUAGCAGUAGAACGCGCGGGCCAAAGAAGUGGUUAGAUCCUAGGAAGAAUCGCACUGCUAGUGUAGGGUUGAAAUAUAACUCCUAAAAU